CAGCAACAUGGCUUUUAAAUAUGAUUUUUUUUAAAAAUCACAAUAGUUUCUUAACAUGAUGUAAUAAACUUUUUUUUCAUCCGUAUCAUUACAGGAUUUACAUAUCGUCAAUUUGCUACUUGACACCUUAUUUCGUGACGUCACGCAAACCGUGAGGUUAGCUUGCCUGCGUGGCUAACGUCAACUUUCUGUAGUAGCAUUAGCAUGUUUGAAUUAAACGUCUUAAAACGUCUAAAGCGUCACUCCGAAGCCAAGUUUCUCUUCCCAGUAGGUCAUUGACAUCAUAUUUGUUUUUGAUACACAGCUAGGAUGGUUUGAAAAAAGAUUUGGGAAUAAUCUGUGCCGACAAAAACCGCAAAUGGAAUAUUCACAGGAGUAACAUCCCGGAAAGGAACAAAAUAAAAGCGACGUCACGCCGUUUUUAAUGUUUUCAUUCGACAGACUGCACAAAAACGACCAAAUCGAGUUAUUAAAUGAAAACGCAGCUAUUGUAUUGCUCUCCCACUCCAAGCAACGAUGUCACGCAAGAUGGACAACAACGGCUUGCCGUUCUUGCCGGGAUUCUCUUUCCAGGAUGUUACGAUAUUCCAGUCCCACAGCAUGCCUGCAUUCCCGAGAUUGUUGACGAAUAAAACGGCCUUUCAUCGGCCUCAGACGUUAUCCUACUCCAAGGGGCUGGCGGUAGCCCGUCCGCCCAGGUUGGGCAUCGGACUGGAGCCUCUGUUAACGGAGCAGAUGAUGCACGAGGAGCUCACCGGCAUGGCCGGCGACAUGCCGGACUUGACCUACGGCUCCUUCGACACCAAGUACAUCAAAGAUUUGGUGAACUUGUCCUACCAUUCAGCGCCUGCGCCCGUCCACCCAGAACUUCCGCCCUUCAUCCCAGCUUACGUCACUCUUGAUAAGAAGGUGCUUUGCUUCAAAGCGUACUUCAAGGAGGAAAUCAUCAACAGCCGCGACGAGAAGAGCUGCGUGCGCCACGUGGUCAUUUACUACUACCUCGAGGACGACAGCAUGAGCAUCUCCGAGCCUUGGGUGCCGAAUUCCGGGAUACUUCAGGGACAGCGGAUUAAACGCCAAUGUCUGCCGAAGAAGGAACCCGGGAAAUUUUACCACUGGAAAGACCUCAACCUCGGGAUCGACCUGGAGGUGUACGGCGUGACGUACCACAUUGCGAAAUGUGAUGCUUUCACCAAGGACUUUAUGCAGCGUCAAGGCAUUAUUCUCAACCCGCCUGAGGAAAUGCCGGUGGAUACUUACCUUGUGCAGCGGCAAAAACCUCCACCGACCUCCACGACGCACUCAGAAUUUGACAGCAGGUACCAGUUUCUCCACAUGGAUCGCAAGGUGCUGCGUUUCUUUGCCCUGUGGGACGAUACGGAGUCUGAGCUGGGCGAGACUUUGCCCGUUACGAUUCAUUACUUCCUGGUGAACGACACGGUGGAGAUCAGAGAGGACCACAAACCCAACAGUGGCCGCUUUCCUUUCCCGGUGCUGAUGCAGCGGCUCAGGAUACCGAAGAAAAUGAAGCCGGGCCACGAUCAGUUUCCGAGCUGCGUUAUGGAGGACUCAACGGAGGAGGUUGAAGAGUUCUUCUCCCCGAAAGACUUCCAAGUUGGCGAAAUGGUGAUCAUCAUGGGACGGCGUUUCCUCCUCUACGACUGCGAUGAGUUCACCAAAGACUACUACCACGAGAACCACCCCGAGAUCAACAUCAAAAGCAUCGAAGUGCCCAGGCGGAUGGGCAAGUUUGAGGGCAUGAAAAAGGAGAUUCCUCCCUACAAUGGCUUUGGAUCGCUGGAAGAUUCCCUGCAGAGUUGUCUGUCUCUAAUCCCGGCACCUCCCCGGAAGAACGUGCUGAAGAUGCUGGAGAACGAACACAAAGUGUUGCGUUACAGUGCCCGGCUGGUGACGCCCAAAGACGCGUCGGAGUCCCAGAGACGCAAAGACGCCGAUCGAUAUUUCAUCAUGUCUUACUACCUGUCCAACGACACCAUCAGUAUUUACGAGAAUCCCAAAAACAACUCCGGUUUCAGGGGCGGGGUGUUCCUGAAAAGGACACGCGUGCCUAAACCGCAUUCUUCCGUGAACAAUCCUGACUUCUACUCCCCGUCAGAUUUCUCAAUCGGAUCGAUUCUGCAUGUUUUCGGCCACCGCUUCAUCCUUACAGACGCAGACCUUUAUGUGCUAAAAUACAUGGAGGACAACCCGGGGCAGAUUCCCUUGGAGACCCUUGAAACUAUACGCCAGAAGCUGGGGUCCGAAACCGUCCAGCCAGCUGAGCAAAAUGAGCCACCCUCGUGAUGUCCAGUCCGCCGCGUCGCGUCAACGUCGUUCCUUGGACCAGGACUCAAGAACCUGAGGGAUGCUUCUGAACAAAAGACUUGGAAUUUUUGGGGGAAGUAUUUUUGUAGGAGUAUCAGAGUAUCACUGAGAACUAAAGACUAAAGUAUUUUUUGAAGCAGAAGUUAAGUUACACUUUGGUGUAAGAUUCACAGUUGGAAAAAAAACAAUCUCUUUUUUACUGAGGUUGUUCUCAUAUUUUGUCAUAAAUAUUUACUUUAUUCUUAUAAAAUACCUCAUUAUUUAAGGACCAUGAUGACUUUUUUUAUGUAUUUCCUUAGCAGCAUUCAUGACAUGCAAGUGGUCCGGAAGGGGCACAUCUAUCUAAAGCUCACUUAUUACCUUAAAGGUCAAGUGUCAUCCCUGUAGACAUUCUAAAAUAGAUAACUGAAAUGAAAAAUACACAACAUUCACUUCAAUGUCUAUUUAAAAAAAUAAAUAUGAGCAGAGAGCGGGUCAUCCAUGCGCAAAGUUGCGGAAGUAUAAUUCGACGACAUCCAAGUGGUCGCCAUAUCGGCUGCAUCCCCUGUCCGUGACGUCACCCCGGCCAUUCGCCAUUGAAAACACGGCUUGGCCCCUACUAUGGGACACGGAAGCUCUUUUCAAUCGAGUGAAGUGGCCGGCGCAAUAUUACCCUAUUGUUUCGAGCCAUAUUUAGAUGAUAUGCCGAUUACUUCUAACAAGAGACUCCCAGACAGUAUGUAUGAGCAAGCCCGGCUGAAGCCGUGCUCGUCCGCGAGGCACGGCUCGGCCAGUGACUCGUCCGCCCAUCUACUAUGAGACGCGGAAGCUUUUUUCAAAGAAAAAAUCUCACGGUCAUAUUUAGAUGAUAUGCGGAUCACUUCUAACAGACUCCUCGACAGUAUGUAUGUCUGAGCCAGCCCGGCCGAAGCUGUGCUCGUCCGGGAGGCACGACACGGAAUCCCUCGCCGGCGAGCCCGACGCAGAAGCCGUCCGACGCGCACAUGGACACAAUUAGCACCCCUGUCGUACGUACGCCAAUCUUUGGUUACAUUAUGAGACGAAUUACGUGGUCCCCCCCAAACUAUUCCUUUUUUUUUUUGUAGCUGUAACAUGAAGAACUUCCUGCAUGUAAAACUAAUAGAAAGAAACGAGUCCGCUUGGGCGCGCGACAGCCUGCGUCACUUCCUGCUUCUUGUCGAAAACAAAUCCCUCAAGAGGAUUUUCAUGGUGGGAGUUACAAAAAGCCAUUUAUGUCAAAAUCAUGUUUUGUGGUGAAAAAAAACAAAUGGGUCAAUACCAGUGGCCGUUUUGGAAAUGGAAUGGAAAUCAUCCAUUUCAUGACACUUGACCUUUUCAGUUUUAAUGUUCCAGUUCCAGACUAUUUUUGUAAGGGCCUCGCAAAAGCACGAACUUGGCAGUGUUGCCAUAAAUGAAAUUUUGCAAGUUUUGUACACAAACUGUAUAGAGAUGAUAGCUAUUAUAGGGCCUAUAAAAAAAAAACCAUAAAAUGGC